UCGCCCCGAGUCGUCCGUUCCUUGGCCGCUUGGGCGCGCCCGCGCCGUUGGCCGUACUCGGACACCGCGGUGCCUCGCACGCGGCCGCAGAGCAAGAAGUAGAGGGGCAUGAGGAGGAGGCGGAGAAGGAGGAGGAAGAGGAGCUCGCAGGCCCAGCGAGGGCCUCUGGAGGCCGAACACUGCGAAAAUCCACGGUCUUGCCUUGUUGAGGACACUCGGUGCCUGUGGGGCACGGCGGCGGGGAGAACUCGAUCGGCGUCGACGCCCGCUGUUGCCCUUCGGCUGGUGCAGCGGGAGAAAUGGGCGCUGGUAAAUGUCCAGCGCUGCUUUCUCUUCGACGCUGAUGGCUGACGCACGGGGCGUCCUCGGCAGCUCCGAGUCGGCCUGGCCCCUCGCUCCUCGGCCAGCAGGCAGGCAGCGGGGGCCGGGGGCACCAGCAAGACGAAGCCAGGCGGGCCGCGCCAAAACACGCCGGCCUCGCGUAUCCAGCAGAGCGUUGAAACGGAGGCAGCUGGCGACAACCGUCAGGUCGUGCGGAAGAUGCGAGAAGGAGAGAGAGACAUAUAGAGAGAGAGGGAGAGAGACAGACAGACAGACAGAGAGAGAGAGAGAGACAGAGAGAGAGAGUGAGAGAGAGAGAGGGAGAGAGACAGCGCAAGAAAGAGAGAGAGAAUUCGACGGAGAAAAGGAUAUCAUAUUCCUCACAAAAGCUGAAUUCGCAAACUGUCCUGGUGGUGCGAAUUACUGCUCGCGGUCCAAGAGAGUCCUCGACAGGGCUCACUCCGUACACUGGCCCGGUGGAGCUCCUUCCUGCUCCUGGUCCGCUCUCCAGCCUCUUAAGCCGUCGCGACCCGAGAAGCUGGCUCCGAGCGGGCCGCGACCAGAAGACGUGAAGCCUGCAACCGCGUGCAACCGAUAUUUAAGAGGAAAUUGGCCCCUGUUCGAGCAUACGCAAUCAGCGCCGCUUCAACACUUAGCGCUUUUGACUUUGGCACAGCCGCGAGAAAACAUACGUGCAAAAACUGCCGGCCGUGUAUGCUGCCUUCGCUGCGGCGGCAGCGCCGAGACCGCGGCGGCCAUAAUUGAAUGGACAGUGCGUGCCUGGGGUGGCAGGACCGCUUGCUGGCGCGUGGACAGGCUCUGCUACUCCUCGGGGCUGCGCCGCGCCGGGGCAGCGAGGCAUAAUUCGCAUCGUUGGCUGCGCGCCGCACCGCGCAGCUGCCAAAUGUGCCCGACUGAGUCGGCACCUUGCUGGGGCGUCGGCGGCCGCGCCCUAUCGUCAUCUGCCCGCGAGUCAAAAAAGGGUGAGAAAUUAAUGACCGAUCCCUUCGCCAUGCGAGGUGAAUAUUCGCAUGAGCGCUCCAUACAAGAGAAUGGAGGCCCCAGUGCUCUAUUCAAAACGAGAAACACACAGGAGGGUUGGAUGGGGGACAGCACAAAACUCGAAGCACUCGCAAUCACGAUAGCAACAGGCCUAGGUAUCUGCAUCUGUGGACGAUGAAGGCGUAGAGAGAAGCGAAGAAAGCAGCCGCUGCGAGAGCAGACGAACAGUAGACAGAUGCCUGGACAGAGAGCGCGCAGAUUCCGUGGACAGUCCCGCA